AUGUCUGUCUUCAUCUCAGGUGCAAACGGGUUCAUUGCCCAACACAUUGUCGGUCUUCUGUUAGAAGAGGACUAUAAGGUCAUUGGUUCCGCUAGAAGCCAAGAGAAGGCUGAUGGCUUAAUGGGGGCCUUCGGAAAUAAUCCAAAUCUUUCCAUGGAAAUUGUUCCGGACAUUUCUAAACUAGAUGCAUUCGAUCACGUUUUUCAAAAGCACGGCGAUAACAUAAGGAUAGUCAUACACACAGCAUCUCCCUUCUGUCUCGAUAUUUCCGACUACGAACGGGAUUUGCUAAUUCCUGCGCUGAAUGGAGUCAAAGGAAUCCUUGACUCUAUUAAAAAAUAUGCUGCUAAUACUGUAGAACGUGUCGUCUUGACCUCUUCGUUUGCAGCCGUGUUCGAAAUAGAAAAAGAAAGCGACAAGUCCGUAACAUUCAACGAAGAGUCUUGGAAUCCAGCAACGUGGGAGAAUUGCCAAAUCGAUGCCAUCAAUGCUUAUUGUGCCUCCAAGAAGUUUGCCGAAAAAGCUGCUUGGGAUUUUUUGAAAGAGAAUAGAGACUCUGUGAAGUUCCAACUAACUGCCAUUAACCCGGUGUAUGUCUUUGGUCCGCAAAUGUUCGAGGAAGACGUCAAGAAACACUUAAAUACAUCCUGUGAGUUCGUCAAUAAUUUGAUGCAUUUAUCGCCGGAGGAAAAAAUACCGGAAAUGUUUGGUGGCUAUAUCGACGUUCGUGAUGUUGCAAAGGCUCAUUUGGUGGCAUUCCAAAAGAAUGAAACGAUUGGUCAAAGACUGAUCAUAUCAGAAGCCAGGUUUACUAUGCAGGACAUUCUAGAUGUACUAAAUAAGGAUUUCCCCGUCCUAAAAGGCAAGAUUCCAGUCGGCAAACCAGGUACUGGCGCCACUCAUAACGCUCUUGGUGCCACUCUCGAUAAUACGAAAAGCAAAAAAUUGUUAGGAUUCAAGUUCAGGAACUUGAAAGAGACUAUUGACGAUACCGCAUCACAAAUUUUAAAAUUUGAGGGCAGAUUAUAA